GUCCGCUUUGGAAAAAAACUUGGCCGAGCGGUAACGAGUCAGCUGAAGUGUGUUUACUUGGAGAAAUGGCCAACCCACUCCGAGCAGAAUUGCCGUUUCUUGGACGGGAGUAUCCAAAAGGAGCCGACUAUUUCAGAGACAGACUGAGGGCUGCGUUUGCCAAGAAUAAAGAUGUGAACGACCCUGAGAAGAUUAAAGAGCUCAUCAGCCGAGGAGGAUUCGUGGUGAAAGAGCUCGAGGCGCUCCAUUACCUCCGGAAGUACAGAGCCUUGAAGAAGCGAUAUUACGAAACAGAGUGAAUAAAAUCACAUGCUGCACGCUGCUUGAUAUUUACAUAAACAACAGAACAGCA